UUGACAGGAAGUAAACAAACAUGUCUGACGACGGAAAUGAAAGUAAAGACAGCAAACAAACAGAAGCCGAGGAAAAGAGCUUACCUACAAGUCCUAGUCAUGCUGCUGCAAAAAUUGAUGUUCUCCUGAAGCCGGCUGGAGAUGCCCCCAUUAUGAAGAAAAAGAAGUGGGCCGUUGAUAGAAAUAAACGCAUUGGAUGGGUUGGAGAAUUCAUCAAAAAGUACCUCAAGUUAACUUCCCAGGACUCUGUGUUCCUGUAUGUGAAUCAAUCCUUUGCUCCAACUCCUGAUACUGAAAUUGGCACAGUAUUUGAUUGUUUUGGAAGUGAUGGGAAACUCGUUUUACAUUACUGCAAAACCCAGGCUUGGGGAUGAACAACAGUUUGUGAUUUUACAAGACUUCGUGGCUAUCAUCAGCCAUAAUGAAUUGAUCAUUGUGCAAUACUUUCUAUGAUGGCAGAUCAUUGUUAGGUAUUUACAGAACAUGUAGAAAUUUUAAUGUGACCAGUAAGUACUAAGAAUAUUGUACUCUGUGAUAAAACUAUGUUGUUGACUGAAUAAAUGAAUAAUGUCAAUGUAAAA